AUGUCGCCAGUUGGUCCUACUACCCUGGUUAUGCUGCUUCUUUCAUUGGUCUCCCUCGCCGCCUCAUGCACCGAGCAGGAGACGAGCUCCUUGCUCCAGUUCAUCUCGGAGCUGUCCCGGGACGGUGGCCUAAGCAUUUCGUGGGGGAAUGCCUCAGACUGCUGCGAAUGGGAAGGGAUCGCUUGCAGUUCAGAUGGGACGACGGUCACUGAUGUCUCCCUGUCUUCUAGGAGCCUUCAGGGGCCCAUCUCGCCGUCCCUUGGCAACCUCACCGGCCUGCUGCGCCUGAACCUGUCCAACAACAUGCUAUCCGGAGGCCUGCCGCUGGAAUUGCUGUCGUCUAAGAGCAUUCUUGUCCUUGACGUCAGCUUCAACCAGCUUGACGGAAACAUGGAUGAUCUGGCAUCUCUAGCACCUCGCCAACCUCUGCAGGUACUCAACAUCUCAAGCAAUUUGUUUACGGGGCAGUUUACAUCGACAACAUGGAAGGCGAUGGUGAAUCUGGUCACACUCAAUGCCAGCAACAACAGCUUUACUGGGCAGAUACCAACGCAUUUCUGCAACAUAUCUCCAUCCUUCGCUGUGCUUGAAGUCAGCUACAACCAAUUGAGUAGCACAGUUCCCAAAGGGCUUGGCAAUUGCUCUGCACUCAGAGUUCUCAAGGCUGGCCAUAACAACCUCAGAGGGUCACUCCCAGAUGAACUGUUCAGUGCCACCUCGUUGGAGCACCUAUCUUUCCCAAACAAUUAUUUGAAUGGUGUACUUGAUGGUUCACCCAUAAUGAACCUAAGAAAUCUGGCAACCCUUGAUCUUGGAGGGAACAAUCUGGCUGGAAGUAUCCCUGAUUCUAUAGGACAGCUCAAGGAAUUGGAGGAGCUCCGUUUGUUCAAUAACUUCAGUGGAGAGAUUUCCAAGGUCAACUUCUCCACCCUACACAAUCUUGAAAUUUUAGACCUUCUGGACAACAGCUUCACUGGCACAGUUCCAGAAAGCAUAUACUCUUGUAGAAAUUUGAUUGCAUUAAGGCUAUGUGGCAACAACUUAUUGCAUGGGCAACUUUCACCAAGAAUUCGUAACCUGAAGUCCCUCACCUUCCUAUCAAUUGGUUAUAACAAUUUUACAAACAUCACAAAUACACUUCAAAUACUUGCGAGCUGCAAGAACCUCACCGUCCUUCUUAUUGGGUCUAACUUCAUAAACGAGACUAUGCCAGAUGAUGACAGCAUCGAUGACAUAUCAAACAACAGCCUUACAGGGGAAAUUCCAACAGCAAUAAUGCUAGCUUCAGAGAAGACCGCAGCCCAUUUUGACCCAAGGAUCUUUGACCUGCCAGUUUACAAUAAUCCUUCACGUCAAUACCGCAUACAUACUGUCCCUAAAAUGCUAGAUCUAAGCAGCAACAAAUUGACGGGUGUGAUUCCCUCAGAUAUUGGUCAGGUGACAUCCCUCCUUUCACUCAAUAUCAGCUUCAACAACUUAACGGGACCGAUCCCCCCAUCCAUCUGCAAUCUCGCAAACCUGCUAGUGCUAGACUUAUCCAACAACAACAUCACAGGUGAAGUCCCAGCUGCACUGGAAAACCUGCACUUCCUUUCCAAAUUCAAUGUUUCCAACAAUGAUCUGGAAGGGCCUAUUCCAACCGGUGGCCAAUUUGGUACAUUUCAGAAUUCUAGCUUCGGUGGCAACCCAAAGCUGUGUGGAUCAGUACUCGGUCGUCCAUGCAGUUCCACAGAGGUGGGUCCAGUGUCUAUUGUCGACAGAAAGCCGUUUGGAAGCAAGGUCAUAUUUGCAAUUGCCUUCGGUGUUUUCUUCGGAGUAGGUGUGCUAUAUGAUCAGAUGGGGGCAUCUGCAAAUGUUGAAGCAUAUGCACAUGGCAGCGGCGGUGGAUUGGCUAGCCCAAGGCCGGUGAUGGCUCGCAGGGGUUACGGCUUGGGUAGGGGGCUCAGGGGCUCGUGCGACAACACUAGGAGGUUGAGUGGAGGCAAGCUCGGGCGCAGAUGA